AGCUUGUCCAGCGCGCACAGCUGACUGACAACAACAACAUUGCAGGCCAGUCGCUUAGGUAGCAGUAGGCAGGGUGGAGAAGCACGACUACAACCAACUGUUUAAAAACAUUUCUGUCAACAACCAGAAACUACCUUUAACCAGUUGGUUUGCUGCAUCACUUUUCAAGUAUUUCAAGUUCAGGGUAGUCCGAAAUCGUAGUCGUCGAGCUUGGAAAGGGGGGAGGCUACCAGCGAGAGGCAGCUUUUAGGCUUGGUGGAGAGGGAAACACUCGCUAUAUCCUCGAACUGAACAUGGCAAUGUCCCUUAUCCAAGCCUGCCGCAGUCUAGCUCUCUCAACAUGGCUGCUAUCCUUUUGCUUCGUGCAUUUGCUGUGCCUGGACUUUACGGUGGCGGAGAAAGAAGAAUGGUACACCGCGUUUGUCAACAUUACUUAUGUGGAUCCCGUGACUUCAGAAAUCAAAACAGAGAAGACUGAGUGUGGACGAUAUGGCGAGCACUCCCCCAAGAAAGAAGCAAGAGGGCAAGUGUUGAUGCCUUUGCUUUUGCAAGAGAGACAAGCUUGCGACCCGAACGUUAAGUAUCCCCUGCCUUAUCAAAACAGUGCUUGGAUGGCGUUGAUAGCUGCAGGGAACUGUACAUUCAGAGAUAAAAUUCGCAACGUCGCUGCACUCCACAACGCUUCUGCAGUCAUAAUUUAUAACGUGGGCUCCACUAAUGUCAACGAUACCAUAACAAUGCCUCAUCAAGGUACGGGGGAUAUCGUGGCGAUCAUGAUUCCGGAACCCAAGGGUCGGGAGAUCGGCGCUCUACUAGAACGCAACGUCACGGUGACCGUGCACAUCACCAUAGGAACGAGGAACCUUCAGAAGUAUGUGAGCAGAACGUCGGUGGUGUUCGUCUCCAUCUCCUUCAUCGUCCUGAUGAUCAUCUCCCUGGCAUGGCUCAUCUUCUACUACAUACAGCGGUUCAGAUACGCCAACGCUCGCGACCGCAAUCAGGUUGUCUUCUACUAUAUACAGCGGUUCAGAUAUGCCAACGCUCGUGACCGCAACCAGAGACGUCUCGGAGACGCAGCCAAGAAGGCCAUCAGUAAGCUCCAAGUACGAACCAUCAGGAAAGGAGACAAGGAAACGGAGUCUGACUUUGACAACUGCGCUGUGUGCAUCGAGGGCUAUAAAGCGAAUGAUGUUGUUAGGAUAUUGCCGUGCAGGCACAUCUUCCAUAAAAGCUGUGUGGACCCCUGGCUUCUGGACCACCGGACCUGUCCCAUGUGUAAAAUGAACAUCCUCAAAGCGCUGGGAAUACCACCCAACUUUGACUGUGGGGAUGACAUUCCGCCAGACUAUGAGAUGUCAGUGGGAGGCCCGCCCACCAACCCCAUCACAGGGGCCAGUGACAUCACGGUGAACGGGGAGGAGAGCUCGGUGGUGCUGGACACGAUGGACAUGGACAGGACGAUAGGGCUGCCUCAGGUCUACCACGACGCCCACGAGACACUACCACAGGCCGGGGACAGCCGGCACAUCGCCAGCAGUGAGCACCAGCCCCCGCUGAGCAGCGACUCGGACACCUCCCUUAUCCUGGCUGUGGAGGUGGGUCUGUCCGACAUGGAGCUCUCCCUCGGGCACGACCGUGACGAGGUCAAGUCCUGAGCCAAUCGGCGCCAAGUAGGAAGGAAGCUCACGGGGUCGCCAUGGAGAUGAGAAACGGGACCGAAGGGGCAGCGCCUGGCCCCCUGAUGGGAGGUAGUGGCUCCAGAUAAAUAGGAGAAAACCAAGCAAUAGAGCCCAUAGCAGUGUAACACACCUAUCUGUCCCCACUGCCUCAUCUACAGGUUCCUCCUGUCCUGCCUCCCUUUUCUGACUACUGUCACGUUCAGUCGCCAUGGAAACCAGGCAGCCAAUCACAGCUCUUGUCGUUAGCCUCUGGACUGGGGGUGUAGUUUAGCACCUCUGUUAGUUGUCUCCAUGUCACCAUCACUUUAUUGACUCUUUGGACAUGUGACAUUUUGAUUUCUUUCUACGAGAUCAUCACUGCCAACCUAUUUCAGAACGAAACACGGAAAUCUUUACACCUAGUUAUAGAAAUAUCUAUAUAUACUGUAUAUAUGGUCAAUAUAAGCCUCCUGCAGCAUGGGCUUUGAGUGUCAAAAACAGUCAGUGCGUGUUCUGAGUGACCAGCAUUUACUUGUGGUAAACUUGAAGCUGAUGUAUUUUCACCAUCUCUGCUUGAAAUCAUUUCGAUAACAUUCAACGCCGUUGGUAUUGUAGCAUUUAUACUAUGCACAUAUUGUCAAGCAUUUCUGAAUAUCCGAUUGUUAAAUUGCAUCCUUAUCCUUAAUUUAGAUGUCUUUAGGACUAUCGUUUAUUUCCACUUCUGAAGUACUGUACACCAUGUGUUGUGCGGACCAACUACGAGUUUGUUUUACCAGUUGACAAUCACAGCCCCUGGUAAUGGAGAUUUGUAGUGAUGACGUCAGCUACAGCCCUGUUUCAAACUGCUAAAGCUUUAUUAUCACCGCCAGUAACACAACACAGAAGGCUAUAGUAGUGGCUGUUUGUUCAUGAAGAACAGAUAGGAAUCUAAUUCAGUUUUAAUGUCAUGUCAUCUCCCAGUCGAGCCACCCAAUAGCAUGUGGUGAAAUCUUCUGUUACCUAACAUAACGUGUGUCUGCAGUGCUCUGCAUUUGCUCUGUGCCAUGUUCUUGCAGUUUUUGUAUUGAUGUUGCUUCUGUUUCUAGAAGACAAAGCAAGAUGGCAUUGUGGGUGUUGAGUUCACCCAUUGGUUGGAUAGUGAAAGGCACAUCGAAGUUGUCUGUUGAUAAAAGUAAAUUAAAUUUUUACUAUAUCUGAACUCGGUGUAUUAGAUAGCCCCUAGUCUGGGAAAUCCUAGGACAACAGCACUAGUAUGCUGGUACAUUGUGGGAGGCAAUUGGUCCAUCUAGAGAGACUAGAUAGCCCCUGACGAAGGAAUACCAUGCAUUGGCUGUGGCUUUGGUUGACUGUGAAUUCGUUAUGAAAGAGUUGACUAAACCCUGUUGCAGAUAGUUUGUACCUCUUAGUCAUUUCUUCUGAGGAUAAAACUUUUUUUUUCUUCCUAUGAUGAAUUUCAAAAUGGCAGGGUUUUUUUUGUACAUUCGCGUAGGGAAACGAAAGUCUGACGAACAGCAUUUAUUUUAGUAUGAAAAUACGUUUAUUUUUGUAAGAAAAAGAAAAUGGAGGUAAAUGUUUACAGUCCAGGAGAAAUGGAGCAGAGAGAAUAGUUGCCUGGUUUCAAGAGCUCACUGGUAGUGCUAAUGCAUUUUGAAUGACAUGUAUUAACUCAUGGUUUAUGUCCUUCCUCCCCCGAUUUUGAUUACUGUGCUGGAAUUUUGUCAAAGGCCAUUUUUUAUUUGAGUUUGAUUCCUCUCUCCUUUGGAGUCCCCUCAAGGUCCUCAACACAUUGAUUUACUUACAAAUGUGUACUUUCAUCCUUAACAGAUGAUAAUCUUAUAUUGCUUUAAUAUGCAACUUAGAUUUGAUUUUCAGGCUAAAAUCUGCAUGAAAUGGCUCAAGGCCACUGUUGUCAUCGAGCGUCUACUAUUUGAUACUGGGUUUCUCUUCCUUACUAUGUGUUCGUUCAUUUAAUCAUUGGUUCCUUUAGGCCGCCAACCAAUCAACAACCAAUCAACUCCCAGUUAUGUAAGAAGCUCAUAUUACCCAUAAUCCCCCCCUGUCCUUGUCAAUCAGAGAAGGAUUACAGAAUCUAUGGGAGAAUGUUGAAAUCUCCCACGCUUAUGCAUUAGGUACAUCUGUAUGCCCUCCUAGUGUGGCAGACUCAUUACUUUUAGCUUUGUUUUGCAGUAUCAGUUUGUGAAAUACACUACAUUUGUGUGAUUAAUAUUGUAUAAGCAUCAUAAAUGUAUAUUUGAUCAAUCGAUUGAAUGGAGACUGAAGAGUGGGUGCGUCAUGCAUUGCACAUGGCUCAGUUAAAAGCAUAUUCUUCCCAGUUAUGGUCAUUUUUUGCGUUCCGAUUCUCCACACUUCUCACUAAGUGUGCACACUUCACGUAAUGGAUUUUAUAAUGGUGGAAACGCCCUCCAGCCAAUGUUUACACCAAUCCAGUGCUUUUAAAUCAGUGAUGGGACCUGCACGGUAUGGGAGAAGGGAAGAGAAUGGGGAUUGAGUCAUUGAGGUGUUAUGUGCUCCACCAUAACUCAUGGCAUCCUUGGCCAGAAUACUAGAGAUCCAUUAAAAUAUGGUAGUCUCAUCUAGCCUCUCCACACACAGCUCUACAGUUGUUACUAUGGGCUGAGGGCCCUAGAAACAACUAACAGCAUUUGAUUUCCCUCUGGGGGUUGGUUUCACACACACACACCACACCACACAGUUUCCAUGUGCCCAUUUGUUUGUAUUGCACAGGGGGACAAGAUAAGAGGAAGCAAUUAAGCUUGGGGGGCAUUUUGUACCAGAGGAGGGUUUAGAUAGAUCCUGAUUGUACUGUGUGUGUCUGACAUCUUCACUGGCGUGAAGCCAGAACAUUUAAAAGCCUUUAAUUGCUUCAUGUGUCAUGUAAGGGCUGGUGUUUAAUUGACUUCACUUCCUGAAAGGUCAUUCUCUCAUUCUCAAACUCCUUACGUCCACUUAUUCUAGCAACUCUUUUUUUUUUAAUGACCAUGAAGAAGCAAUGGCCUUGAUUUGAACAUAAAUCGAAUGAAUAUCUGUUAUAUUCGUAAUGAACACUUAUAGAAACCGGGGUGUUCUUCCAAAUAUAAAGUAAUGAAUGCACAUAUUAUAAUCUUAUAGUAGGUUCUUGUUUACCCCAAUGAUGGUAUAAUUAUGUCAGGUAUACAUAAAAUGACAUAAUAGAAACUCAUCAUUUAAAUGUAGCUUUUAGUUCUCUUUCUUGUCGUCUUUCUUUAACUGGUUGUGUACCCACCCUACCUAGAAUGCACUUUUUCACUUGAAGGAGAGUUCUGUGUACUACAAGGAAAUGGCACAAAACGUCUUUUGAAUGCGGUUGACACGACCUUGUUUUUAAGCGAGAGGGCUACAAUAUUGGAAAUGGCACAUGACAUAAUUGUCACUGUAUGUGUGCUGUUUAAGAGUCUGUGUUCUUUUAUCUAGACUUGUGUACCAGCUGUGGGUUUGGGGAAUGUUACGAAAAUGUUGUACGCUAUAUCCAGCAGAACUCUACAGUAUUGCUAUUUUGUUAUAUAGAGGAAUAUGUAAAUAUUUUUGCCAGUGUUAAUGAUAUACGGUACAGUUCUAUAGUACGAUGUUGCACGUGUGUGAGUCAAUGAUUGUGAGGUACAAUACAUUUUAUUGCAAGUUUUUCCAGCUGUGGUGAAGCUGUCUGGUUUCUAUUUCGUUAUUGUCAAUAAUGUUUAUGUCAACCCUCUCUGAUACCGUUAGGGUGAGCCAAUGCUAUUGAAAUUAUUUAUUCUGACAUGAUUCAUUGGCCAAUAUGUAAAUGACCAUCAUAUGUUCCAAUGAUAUAAACUGGUCUCUGCUGCUUCGUUACGAAAUGCACACUAGCAUACACUACAUGGCCAAAAGUAUGUGGACACACCCAUUGCUGACAGGUGUAUAACAUUGAGCACCCACCCAUGCAAUCUCCAUAGUUAAACAUUGGCAGUAGGACGGCCCAUACUGAAGAGCUCAGUAACUUUCAACGUGGCGCCGUCAUAGGAUGCCACCUUUCCAACAAGUCAGUUUGUCAAAUUUCUGCCUUGCUAGAGCUGCCACGGUCAAUUGUAAGCACUGUUAUUAUGAAGUGGAAACGUCUAGGAGCAACAACAGCUCAGCCGUGCACAAGCCUAUGAUCACAAUGCCAAGCGUCGGCUGGAGUGGUGUAACGCUUGCCGCUAUUGGACUCUGGAGCAGUGGAAAUGCGUUCUCUGGAGUAAUGAAUUAUGCUUUACCAUCUGGCAGUCGACGGACGAAUCUGUGUUUGGCGGAUGCCGUCGCACCCACUCACAUAGCAUUGUAAUUUGAGCCACCUAAUACGGUUAGUUAAAUGUUUUUAUUUAACUAGGCAAGUCAGUUAAGAACAAAUUAUUAUUUACAGUGACGGCCUACCCCGGCCAAACCCUAACCCAGACGACGCUAGGCCAAUUGGGCACCGCGCUAUGGUACUCCCAAUCACAGCCAGUUGUGAUACAGCCUGGAAUCAAACCAGGAUCUGUGGUGACGCCUCUAGCACUGAGAUGUAGUUCCUUAGACCACUGCGCCACUCAGGAGCCCGACACAUACGAAUGGCUCUCUGGAAAGGAGUACCAGCUGGGAAAUUUGAGGGCACUCAUGGGAGGAGAGGGAUACUUCUAGUGGAAAGAAUGAGAGAUAAUUAUGUUUUAGUACUACUUAGCCUACAUGGGAACACAGCUAAAACUCAUACAUGUGUAAGUGAUUACUGAACAAAAAUAUAAACGCAACGUUUGAAGUAUUGAUCCCAUGUUUCAUGAGCUGAAAUAAAAUAUUCCAAAUGCUC